AUGCUCUGCCGAGAUCGCUUUAACCUGCACGAGUUCUCCUACUACAAACAAUGGAGCUGCCUGAUGUGUUACUGGUAUUUAUUCCAGGGUAAAGUCCAGAACUCGGAGUUCUUACGUUACGGGGAGGAAUCCUCUUGGAAUGGCACUUGGGUCCAGAUGGAAGGUCAACCUCCUCAGAUGCCCAAAACUGUGCCCGCUAACUUCACUGUGGAGACUGUGUGUCAAACUUUGUCCAGUGACGAGUGUGAGAGAUGGCAGACCUGCUGUUCGGCGGCGGUUCAGUGUUGUGAAAAACAUCCUCAUCCCGGGAGUGGGUCACAGGACUACUGUCCCGGGACAUGGGACGGCUACGCCUGUUGGGACCCCGCUCCCACGGGCAUGAGGAUAUAUCAGUAUUGCCCCACCUUUAUCCAGCACGUGUACCCAACAGCAAUGGCUUAUAAGGACUGUGAUGACAACGGCACGUGGUGGAGAAAUCCGCUAACAAAUAUGGAGUGGACAUUUUACGGUGAUUGCGUCAAGAUAGAGAUCUAUAGGUCCUUGCUGGCGGUGAAGCUAACCUGUAGCGUGUUGAGCAUCGCCUUAUUGCUGCCUAUGCUAAUUGCCACUCUGGCUGAUAGGAAAUCACGUGGUCUUCCCGGAGGGACUAUUCGAGCCCACUUUCUGACGUCAUUUGUGUUCAAUGCCCUGGCCAACGUUCUGUGGGAUGCUCUGGUCUACUACGACCAACUUGUGCGACCACCUUCCGAAACUUUGAUGUAUAAAAAUACGGGUUCCUGUAAAGCCCUGUACAUUUUUACGAGGUACUUCCGAUGUACGAACUUCUUCUGGAUGUUCUGCCAAGGCUUGUUCCUGCACAAUCUCGUCGUCAGAGCUCCUCGUAUGUUCCAGUCAAUACUGGGGAUGGUUAUAUUUGCCUGGGGGGGCCCGAUUAUUCCUAUGGGGGUGUACUGUAUAAUGCGGUAUCUUCAUGCGGACGACAGCUGCUGGGUGAAAAACGCCGGAAACUUCGAAUGGAUUAUUUAUACCCCUAAUCUGAUUUGUCUGGCGUGCAACGUCAUAUUUUUAUCAAGUUUGUUGAAAACCUUUCUGCAAAGAAUAAAAAGUCAAGCCACAGAAAAUGCUAGUUACCGUCGAGCACUUCGGGCCACGGUAACCUUGGUGCCUUUGUUCGGUAUACAGCUUGUCUUCAUCAUCUAUCGCCCAUCCCCUGACGCAAAGGCUGCUCUGGUGUAUGAAUACAUAGCAUCUAUAGUCAUAAAUUCACAGGUAAGAAAAAAAUGAUUCAUUGCGAAGACGCAAAAUAUACACGUAGUUAUGAAGGUAGGUAUAAAAUUAAGCUACCUAUCCACGUGUGAUAUACUGGACAAGUUUACU